AUGCACGGCAUUAGGUACCUGUUCCAGCACUUCUCCCACGUCCCCAAGCUUCGAACCUUCCACCUGCUCCAGACGCCGAGAUUCACAACAAACAAGCCUCAGCGUUCGCAGCUCGACUCCCUCCGGCUUCGGCUUUUCCAGAAGCUCCCCACGAUCUCGAGUCCUCUGGCUCUUCUGCUGGCCUUGGUCUCUGUCUCUGUACCGCCCUCGUGUCGUGGACAGACAACAUACGCACCGUUGACGUCUGAAGGGCCCAACAACAAAGACGCCAAGGAUGGCGACGAGAGUAUGACCGUAGUUGUGCCCCCGUCCAAAUCCUCCAAGAAGCCUGCUCCCUCGACCGAUGCGGAAGGCGACGUGGCAAUGGACGUGGAUAAGACCGAGGAGGAGGAAAAGGUUGACCCGGCUGUGCAAGCUGUAAUAGGUGAGCAAAACCAGGCAAAGGUGGUGUUAUGUAUAUCUGAUGAGCGCAUGUUUUCUGACGCAUGCUUUGUUGCAUUGCUCCCUGUAGACAUCAAGGCCAACUUUGCCCUCCUUGACCGUGCGGUUACGCUCUUCGACGCUCGCUUCUCCCUGCGCGCUCUUCGAUCCAUCUCCCUCAUCCGCAAACACCUGUCGCCAGAUGUCAUUGCACAGGCGAUUGCCGACACAUUCCCCGCCACCUCGGCGUCCGCCAGCAUUGCAAAGGCCCUUUUAGCUGCGGUUGGCCGAGAGGAUGUUACGCUUGGCCGGGCUACCGGCGCUGAGAUGGACGUGGACACCGACGCAAAGGCUGCCAAGAACGGCUCCUCCAAGAAGGAGGUAAAGGAGAUCAUCCCCGAGAUCGACGUGUUCCUGGGUAUCUUGGUCCAGGUCUAUCUCUUCGAUGCCAAGAAAUACCAGCAGGGAGCCGACUUUUCCAAGUACCUGUCGGAUCGUAUCCAGACCCUGAACCGCCGAACGCUGGACAGCCUCUCGGCCAAGGUUUACUUUUACUUUUCGCUCUUCUGCGAGUACAUCGCCCCGUUGCCGCCGUCUCCCGAAUCGCCCAUUGUCGCCAUUCGACCUACCCUUCUAGCCGUCCUCCGAACCGCCGUCUUGCGCAAGGACAUUGAUACUCAGGCUUCGGUCAUCGUUCUGCUCCUAAGAAACUAUCUGCUGACGUCGCACAUCAAGCAAGCCGAUCUGCUUGUCUCACAUACGCAGUUCCCCGAGAAUGCCGCCAACAACCAAGUGGCACGAUUCUUGUACUAUCUUGGACGGAUCCGAGCUAUCCAGCUGCGAUACACGGAGGCACACGAGCACCUCACAGCCGCCACCCGUAAGGCGCCGUCGAGCGGCUGUGCCGUGGGCUUCUCACAAACCGCCACUAAGCUGUUGCUGGUCGUCGAACUGUUGAUGGGAGACAUCCCCGACAGAGCUACCUUCCGACAACCGUCUCUGGAGGACGCUCUCCACCCGUAUUUCUUGCUGGUCCGAGCCGUGCGAGUGGGUAACUUGGAGGACUUUGAGACUACCAUUGCCGAUAAUGCCGACAUUUUCAAGCGGGACGGCACUUACACACUUAUCCUCCGCCUGCGUCAGAACGUCAUCAAGACGGGUAUUCGAAUGAUGUCGCUGUCGUACUCACGCAUCUCCCUUCGUGACAUUUGCAUCCGCCUGCAUCUUGGCAGCGAAGAGUCUGCCGAAUACAUUGUUGCCAAGGCCAUUCGAGAUGGCGUGAUUGAAGCUACUCUGGACCGGGAGAAGGGAUUCAUGAAGAGCAAGGAAGUGGGUGAUGUGUACGCCACAAGAGAGCCCGGAGAGGCCUUCCACGACCGUAUUCGGGCGUGCCUUGCCCUUCAUGACGAGAGUGUCAAGGCCAUGCGCUUCCCGAUGAAUCAACAUCGCCUUGAGCUCAAGAAUGCUCAAGAGGCACGCGAACGGGAGAGGGAAAUGGCCAAGGAGAUUCAAGAAGGAGAUCUGGAUGAUGACGACCUUGGCGGAGAUUUGGAUGGCAUUUAA